AUGACUUUCUCCGAUGUCUUUGUGUAUAAUGCAGUAAAUAAAGCUGUUGAAGAUUAUGAUGAUCAACCAGCGAAUUUUGGUCCAUCAUUUCCAUCUAAUGGAAUAACAGGAUAUGUGAUCUUAACAAAUCCAAAAAAUGCAUGUACUAAAGUAGCACCACCACCUAAUAUUCCGACAUCUAAAUAUCGUUGGAUUGCACUUAUUCCUCGUACAAAAUUAGACGAUAUGUGUGAUUUUGAUCUUAAGGUACUAAAUGCUCAAAAUGCAAAUUUUAGUGCAGUUAUUAUUUAUAAUUAUGAAGAUGCACUUAUCACAAUGGGUCCACAUGGAAGAAGUAUACAGAUACCAUCAACAUUAAUAAUGUAUUCUGAUGGAUUAUCAAUUAUCUUAAAUUAUUUAUAUAAUGAAACAACAGCAAAUUCAACUCCACAAUUUCAUGUAAAAAUAACUACAGGACAAUUUAACUUUGGUGCUUAUUUAAUACCAUUUAUUUGUAUUAUUAGUGUAUCAUUUUUUGGUCUUAUUGGUUUUAUGUUGGUUAAAUGUUAUUUACAACGACGUCGUUUACGUCGUCAUCGUUUACCACGUUCAGCACUUAAACAAUUAAAAAUAAAAAAAUUUGCUAAAGGUGAUCGUUGGGAAGUUUGUGCUAUUUGUUUAGAUGAUUUUGAAGAAGGUGCAAAAAUACGUAUAUUACCUUGUGAUCAUGCUUAUCAUAUGAAAUGUAUUGAUCCAUGGUUAUUAAAUAAUCGACGUCAAUGUCCAAUAUGUAAACGUUAUGUAUUUCCUAAUCAUGAUAAUUCAGAUGAAGAAGAAAAUAACGAUCGAACACCUACAGAACAAACACCAUUAAUACAACCAUCUAAUGAUAUUUCAGUUCCAAUUCUUUCAAGAAUUCGUCAAAGAGAACGUCGAAUCCUAAAUUCAACAGGUACUGGUGCUUCUAAUUCUACAACUGCUAUUAAUGGAUCAUCAGAUACUGAUGAUGAUGAUGAUGAUGAUGAUGACAACCAUGAUGCAUCGUCACUAUUAAGACAAAUAACAACAACAAAUCAUAUAACUACUAAUGAUCUUGUAUUCAAUCGACCAUUAACGAAUUCUCAAAGUUAUUCAAAUCCAGAAUUAUCACAUGUUCAUUUACAUCAAUCAGAUUCCGAAGAUAUCGAUAAUAAUACAACAGCAACAACAAUAACAACAUAUGAAAGUUUACAUGAUUCUUUAUCAACAUCAUAUACAACACCUCGUGCUGCAAAUUUUUUUGUUGGUUCACCUGGUGGUACAACUGAUAAUACAAAUAUAUCAGCACAUUCAGUUAUUGAAAAUGUUAGUGACAUUGAAACAGAUGAUAAUGAUGAACGAAUGCAUUCAGUAUUAACUGACGUUGAAAUUAAUCAUGCAUAUGUUUCUGAUGAUGAAACAACAAAUGUACUUAGAACGAACUUGUAA